ACAAGAGAAAGAUAAUUAAAGUCUCGUAUAUCGCUUUAGAAAGAUGGCAUUGAUAUUGUUUACCUGUUACAUAAUUGUUAUCGUCAGUCUACGCUGAAAUCACAUCUAUGAGUAGUGUAUGUGUGUUGUUUAGGAACUUCCCACGUGUAUUUACAGAUAAUACCAGCUUGUAUUUAUAUCGAUUUCUACAGUACUUUUAUUUUUUCCUUCUUAUCACUCGUAUAUUUCCCGAAUUAUUGCAUUCUAUUUCCUUAGAACCGUUAUAAUCCUGCAGCUUGAAAUUAAGAUGACGUCCCAGUGGGAAGAGUUUUAUGUAACCCAUUCGACCCCGGCAGAUUAUGAAGAAAACAAAAAGAAAAUAAAUGAUUUUUGCCGAAACGUCAGUGCAGAACGGAAGAUAGUGUUAGUUACGUCUGGUGGUACAGCUAUACCCCUGGAACACAACACAGUUCGAUUUGUGGACAACUUUAGUGCUGGAACAAGAGGCUCUGCAUCAGCUGAAUAUUUCUUAGAGAUGAAUUAUGCUGUUAUUUUUAUUUACAGGUUGAAGUCUUUGGAGCCAUUUGUCCGACAUUUCAUGGGACAAGAGUUCCUUGAUAUGCUGGAUGUUCGAAAAGAGGGAGAUGUAACAUCUGUGGUGGUGAAGAAUGAUUGUGUGAGUUCAGUAUUGCCUGUACUUACAAGAUACAAGUCAGCUAAGGAAGCUGGCCAUUUGCUGUGUAUCUCAUUUACAUCCUUGAGUGAAUAUUUAUGGCUCCUAAGGGCUGCGUGUGAGUGUCUUGCUUCAUUUGGUUCACGGGCACUUCUGUACCUUGCUGCUGCUGUGUCAGAUUUCUACAUUCCUUCAAAUCAGAUGCCGGUGCACAAGAUGCAGUCUGAAGCUGGAGCACCAACCAUUUCUUUGCAACUUGUUCCUAAAAUGUUAGAACCACUUGUCAAUUUAUGGGUACCUCAUGCUUAUGUAGUUUCUUUUAAACUUGAAACAGAUGAGGGUCUUCUCAUCAGUAAGGCUCGUGGGGCACUUGCUAAAUAUAAGCACAAGAUGGUGAUAGCAAACAUUCUUCACACACGAAAACACAGAGUAGUGCUUGUGAUGCCUACAACAAGUUCUGAAAUUGUAUUAAGUUCUGAAGAAAUGGAAGCUGGAAUUGAAAUUGAAUCAAAAAUAGUUGCAGUACUUGUUAAAAGACAUGACUUUUUUAGAGUAGAACCAAUAUAGAUAUUUGUAUAAUAUUGUAGUAGGUAAUAACAUCCUAGUAGGUGAAAGUUGGAUAUUUUUGUACCAUGUUAUUGUGUUUUUAUAUGAAAAAACAAAGAAUUUAUUUGUUGAUUAUGUUACCAAGUGGUCUUGUAACUGGUCAGCAAUGAUUCAGAGGAUCAUAUCUUCUGCCCUGACAAUGGAGACUAUACAAUCCUCAAAAAUGAUGGUAACCAUGUGGCAUCAAAACCCAGAAGACCAUAUUUCACUUUCACAUUACCAUGAAGGCUUCAGAUCUCACAUUUGAAUAUGUUGUGUUAUAUCUGUUAGCAUGCUGAUAGGAAUCAUAUCCUACCAAUGAAGUAUGGAAAUUGUCUUCCUCCUUUAAAUGAUUCCAGGUUAUGUCAUCCUAUCUAGAGAAUCUGUAGACUAUAAUAGAGGUAUAACUAACUAACUAGAUG